AUGACUGACAUCGCCAACCUGCACUGUGUCAUCUGUGAGGGGAAGCACGCUGCCACUUCUCGCGACUGCCCUACCUGGAGCCAGGAGAGGGAGAUAUUACGGGUUAAAUACACCCGAGGUGUCUCUUUCCCCGAGGCCAGGAGGAUAGUCGGGAGUGCAGACAUUGCUACAUCCUCUUACGCACAAGUGACUCGAGGCAAGGCGCCGGUUAACAGUGUCACUGUCAAGGAUGCUUCAGUUCAAGUUUCUGAAGACAUACCUGCCUGGGGCUCACAAGUCCCAGACAUGGCUGGAGAAAACCCUCCAAAGGUUGGCCCAUCUAGGGCACAGAUGGGGUUGCAGCGAUCUCGCUCACUCAUAUCUGUUCCUCGGUCCCAAAUGAGGCAAGACGUAACAUCACCUACCAACAGACCUAGGAAAAAAAUUAGAAUAGCGAGGGGCGAAUCUGAUGGACCUGAUCUGAAUGUCACCUUUGGCAAAGGAUCAGAGGACCCGACAAACCGGUUCAAUGUCCUUCUAGAUUACGAUGAUGAGAUGGAGACGAUUGCCUUAGCGCCUCGUGCUUCGACUCGAUCGAAAUCCAGCCAAAAUAGCAAAAGAUAA